CCUCUCUCUCUCUCUCUCCCUCUAUCAUCCUCCUUUAUAUAUACUAAGCUUUCUCUCAGACCCCACAACAACUAGUUAAACUGCCUGAAAAGAAGAAGAAGAAGAAGAAGAAGCUAAUAUCUAGCUCUGGAGAGAGAGAGAGAGAGAGAGAGAGAGAGAGAGAGAGAUGAGUGGAUCAUCAACAAAUGGAAGCAACAACAAUGGAGGAGGAGGAGGAGGUGGAGGGCCUUGUGGUGCCUGCAAGUUUCUGAGGAGAAAAUGCAUAAAAGGGUGCAUAUUUGCUCCCUACUUCGACUCAGAGCAAGGCACGGCUCACUUUGCUGCGGUGCACAAAGUGUUUGGUGCAAGCAAUGCCUCCAAGCUUCUCCUGCGCGUACCACCCCACAAGAGGCUCGAUGCUGUCGUCACCCUCUGCUAUGAGGCUCUUGCUAGGGUUAGAGACCCUGUCUAUGGCUGCGUUUCUCACAUUUUCACCCUCCAACAGCAGGUAGUGAAUUUGCAGGCAGAGUUAGCCUAUGUCCAGGCCCGCCUUGCAACCUUGCAGCGAGCGCCGCCUCCACCUCCGCUGUCUCAACUCGAAUGCCCUCCUCCACCCAGAAGCCUUCACUAUUCCUCGUCCCAUAUCAAUGUGACAUCAUCGCCAUGCUCAGAGUUUGUGCCAACUUCCAACUUGACGCAUUUUGAUCCUCUACAAACAGUGCCACACACAGCAGAAAUGACAAGCCUUUUCAACUCAUUGGAUCAAGAACUUAUUGAUGGGGAAGAUCUUCAGGCAUUGGCUCGAGAGUUCGUGUGCCGAUACUUGCCAGGAGUGAGGUUGAACAAGCCUUCGACUUCUCAUCAAAACUUCUAACUCUUGUCAACUGGUCACAUCUGAUUAAUUUUCUUGCCGUACGUUAUGGCUUUUGCAAGCAAAGAUUUUGUUGCUUCUCAAGUUAAUCAAAAUUGUACCUUUUUUAGAUUGAAAAAUGCCGGCCCACAUUGCUUGUUCUAUA